AUGGAGGUGACGCUUCCACGCGAUUUGGAAGAUGAGAUCUUGUCUAGAGUUCCGGACAAAUCUCUUGCAAGAUUCAGAUGUGGCUGCAAGCAGUGGAACACGCAACUUGUAGAAGAGACCUUUCUCGAGCAGCACUCGUCUCGUAUGCACAACUAUAGCGGAUGUGGCGAAGAUCAGAUUAUAAUCAAAGGUGCUCGUAAUAGGAUAAAUUCGGUGGCCAGUCCGUCUCUAACAGUCCAAAACCUUACCCUUAUAAAUAAAAGAUUAAUGGUUCACGAGUUUGGCAAUAGGGUCAGAGUGUACAAGAUUGUUCACUGCACUGGUCUAUUGUUGUGCGUCAUGGAGAACCAGCUUUUGGUAUGGAAUCCAUUUCUGAAAGUGACACGAUGGGUCAAAUGCAGCAGCGACUUUCAUAGGUUUGACGAUGCCUACGGUAUUGGUUUCAUCCGCCAAUCACCAACCCAACACAACUACAAAAUCGUAAGGUUUCGAUGUCCUCAUAAUUCUAGAGAUCGACCUCCAAGGAUUGAGGUAUACGAAUUCUUAUCUAAUAGGUGGAAGGUUAUAACUAAUCAUAUCAGUUUUGAUUGGCACCUUAGAGUACCACUCUCGGGUGUGUCUCUUGGAGGGAAUUCUUAUUGGAUUGGUCUUCGAGAAGACUCUACAGCUUUCAUACAAUGCUUUGAUUUUUCCAAAGAAAGAUUUCAACCCUUGGGACACCUUCCUUUUAGGUUUGAUGAGUGUUAA